GCGGCAGCGGGCGCUGCCAUCGAGGGCUCGGACACGGAGGUCGAGUCCUGCACCAACCCAGGGAAGGGCAUCGACACAUUGGUGCAGGACGCCAUGCAGGACGCCCGCGAGCGCAGCAUGACUGAGCAAGAGUUUCAGGACGAGUUCGACCGCGUGAACUUAGACCAGACGCUGCCGUAUGAGGAGGGCGCGGCUGCAGCAGUGAGCCACCUGCGCGCCAAGGCGUCGCCACCCGAGGAGCGGCAGCCAGCCGAGGGGCAGCGCGCAGAGAAGCAGCCCGCCGAGGAGCAGCGCGCAGAGAAGCAGCCAGCCGAGGAGCAGCGCGCAGAGAUGCAGCCAGCCGAGGAGCAGCGCGCAGAGAUGCAGCCAGCCGCGGAGCGGCGCGCAGCGAAGAUGCAGCCAGCCGAGGAGCAGCGCGCAGCGAAGAUGCAGCCAGCCGAGGAGCGGCGCGCAGCGAAGAUGCAGCCAGCCGAGGAGCCGAGGAGCAGCUUGCCGCCCCCGGCCGCCCCGAGUCCUGCGACGCCCCCUGGCCCGCCUCCGCCCACGCCCUCGGUGGGGCAGAUCGAUUCGGACGAGGACAGGUCAGCGAGCUGGGUGCCAGCGCCAGAGACGCCGCAGCUGGCGGACACGCCAUCGUACAAUCCAGCGGACUCGGGCUCGCAGCUGCCGCUCGGGCUCUCGCAUCAGACUUCGGACGAGCAGGAGAGGCCAGUGCUGCCAUCCUUCAAGCGGUCGCUGACAGACGAUGUGCAAGUGGAGACCAAGAAGUCCAAAAGGUGGCAGAGUAAUCGCCUCGUGAGCCCGCCACGCGUGGAGGAGCGCGUGCCAGCGCAUCCGCGCUCGCAGCGGCCGCUCACGGCACCGCCGCAGCUGGUGGGCCAGCGCCUGCAGCAGCCAAUCGAGAGCAGCCACAUCAACAAGCAGCAGGCGAUGACAGCGCCGAGCAUCGACCAGAUGGCGCGGGCACCUCUCGAUGGCAACUGCGGCAUCAGCAAGGAGCAGCUGGUGGAGAAGCUCAAGCAGGAGUUCGACGAGCUGGUCGCAUCCGACACGGGCGCGGACUUGGACGAGAUGGGCAAGACUUUCCAGGGCUUCUACAAGGGCUCCUUGAUCGUUCAGCUGAGCGCGAUGCGCCCUGAGACCGCGGAGAAGCCUCUGGAUGACGACUUCGGCGCCGACCCGAAGGAGUCGGCUCUUGACAGGGAGGAGCGCCUCAUGUGGGAGUCCUUGGAGGAGAAGGCGUUCAAGUUCAGCACGGAGAAGAAGAAGGGCAACGCGAUCGCGGGCAGAUGGGCCAGAGUGAUGGAGACAUCGAACGAAUGGUCUGAGAAGUACCUGGCGGCGGAGGGCUACCCAGCCAAGAAGGCGGUCCGCGAGGAGUGGGCGAAGUGGUCGUUCCACAGGUGGCAGAAGAAGCGGGAGUUCAGCAAGACGCAGACGAACAUCAAGAAGCAGACGAUGAAGGGCGUCUACAUGCCGCUGGCCAGGCUGGCGUGGAAGUUUGGCGGGGGGUCCACUGGUGCCAAGCUGGCAUACACAUAUGCUGGGAAGGCAGUGCUAAUUGGGUGCAUCUUCACGAAGUGGUGCAACAUGACGGGCUGCCUUUUCCACCUCUACGUGGGGCACUCGUUGGAGGACACGUGGCAGCAGAGCUGGACCAGCCACGAGGUCUGGAUGGAGUCGGGCUGCGUCGGCGGCCAGCCACCUCCUGGCGCCGAUGGCGUGGCCAGCGCGCCAUGCACUCCGCUGCCGCGCCCUGGUGCCGAGGCGUCCAGCGAGGAGAAGCAGGCAGCCGCAGCAGCGACGGGCGGCCCUGGGAACGAGGCCACCAGCGGCAAAGGAGGCGACGGCGAGGGCAACGGCAACAAGAAGAAGCUCGCCGUGAAGGCGCCCGAGUGGAUGAAGGACUUCCGCAAGCUGCGCACAAUGUUCGCGCAGUACACAUCCCAGGUGUCCACAUUGGAGGCGCUGAUCAAAGCGGACGCAGCUGAGGGCACGAACGAGUGGAAGUUCGCAGCAGGGAAGGAGACCAGGGGCGAGCUGGACAAUGCUAUCAAGCAGGCCCCCAAGACGCACAAAGAAGAUAUGACGCCCACCAGGAAGCCCCCACGCCCUUCGAGCAUGGGCGCGCGUUCGACUCGGCGCUGGAUGCGCGCCGCGCCGAACGCGCACGCUGGACGGGGCUUGGUCGCGCCCAUGGUCGCGUCCAUGGUCGCGUCCAUGGACGCGACCAUGGACGCGUCCAACAUGGCGCAGAAGCGCUCGCGGUGCAAGGGGUCCGAUGAGCUGGAGGCCGCGCUGAUCAAUCACUUCAAGGAGGCGGAUGAGCUGGACUACCCGCAUGGGCUCGCAGACGACUGCGACCCUGACGUGUUGAGCGAGUGGGAGGACAUGCUCUUGGACGUCCGCAGAGCCAUGCACCCUCACAUGGCCAUAUCGCAGUCGAAGGCCAUCCAACUCUUCGAGAAGGUCCUCGAGGAGAACGGUGCUGCGUGGGCCCUCGGUGACGAAGAGAAGGACUGGACGACGUCCAUGGCGAAGAUGCUUCGCGCCAUGUUGAGGCACGUCCAACAAGCGGUGCUGAAGAACAUGAAGCGCGAGGGGCGCUAUCCCGACUCCUGCGCGCGGGUGCAGCCCUUCGUUGAGCAGAUGAAGAAGCUCGACGCGGCGAAGGACGCACCAGCCGCCCAUUUGCGUGGGCGAUAG